ACCCAACCUUCAGAACUCCUAAAACCAUAUCUUACAUAUAAAGAUGACCACAGUGAUGAGUCUGUUAUCCGAGAAUCCAGUUGUGAUCUUCAGCAAAACAACGUGUUGUAUAAGCCACUCGAUCAUAGCGCUCAUAAGAAAAUUUGGGGCCAACCCAACUAUUUAUGAGCUUGACGAGCUUCCUAAUGGACAAGUAAUAGAGCGGGAAUUAAUGGGGUUCGGAUGCAGCCCGAGUGUCCCAGCUGUGUUUGUAGGGAAGAAGUUCGUUGGAGGUGCUAAUGAGAUAAUUAGUAUCAAUUUGGAAAGCAAGCUUAAACCACUACUCAUCAAGGCCAACGCUAUAUGGAUGUAACCUUGAGGGUCAACUCAACUGGCAAAUAAAGGCUAGCCCUAGGUCCCCUCCCAUAAGUCACCAGUUCGAGUCUCCGAGUCUCCUCAGGGCUACUGAGGAUUAAGAUUUUAUUAUCAGGGCCUAUGGGAUUAGUUGAGGUGCACACAAGUUGGCUUGAACACCCACAGUUACAAAAAAAAAAAAAAAAAAA